CCGACUUCCGCCCGCCAACUCCCUUGUCUUUCUCGCCUCCCGCCCCCUCAAUUCCCUCUUCUCCUUCGGUAUAUUUAUUUAUACCUUCGACUGGAUUUGUCCUCCUUUCCGGGAAAUCUCGCCAUCGCCUCGUGAUUUCCCGUCGUUCGGCCUGCGUCUCCCGCAUCAGCAGCCAUCCGUGCCUGAGGAGACGAGCGCACCGUGAUCUUUCUGCCUGCAGCGCCCACCCCUCACCUGCAAUGUGUUCCCGGGAAAUCACUUAAAACACAUUCACACCCCUCCGCGCUACUCCGACUUAGUCUACGGGCCUUGGACCGGUCGUUUCCACCGCCGUCAUGCCGUCCAUCCUCAAUGACACCGACCGAGAGACCGUCAAGCGGAUGGUCCCCAAGUCGGCGAACAAAAUCAUCGCAGUAGCCGUUGCGCGACUUUACGUGGCGUACCCAGAUCCCCAGAGUUGGACUUACACCGGCCUACAGGGGGCUGCAGUGCUGGCGAACGACUUGGUCGGGCGCACCUUUUGGCUGAAGCUGGUGGAUGUAUCGCCCGCCAACAGAGGUGUUCUUUGGGAUCAAGAGAUCUAUGAGAACUUCCAGUACAACCAGGAUCGCUUAUUCUUUCAUACCUUCGAGCUGGAGGAUUGCCUCGCGGGGUUUUCUUUCGCGGAUGACAAGGAAGCCAGAACUUUCAUCAAGAAGGUGCACGAGCGGGAGAAGAGCGCAAACAAGGAGACCCUGAAGACACCGUUCGCAUCUACACGAGGCCAGGGCCCUGCUCCGGUGGUGAAUGGAAAGUCUGGCGUGGGACGUUCGCUAUUCGGCAGUCUGUUGGGUCAUCGGUCAAGCACGGCUUCCAAUGCACCAGCGAUCACACCCGCGGAACUCCCCCGGCACCCUCGAUCCAGUGACCCGUCCAUGAAAGGCCUGUUGGACGAGCUGGUGCAGAUGGGAAUCACGGAGGACCAGAUCGCAGACAACUCCGAUUUCAUCAAGUCAUAUAUUGAGCAGAAGCAAGCCAAUGGAGCAGACACCUCGCCCUCGCCCUCUGGUGAUGAGCAGAGAAGGGGAAAGGCACCUCCGCCGCCUCCACCGGUUGCCCCUCCUGCCCCCAAGUCAACCACCAUCAGCCCGCAGAACACUGGAAACAGCACGGGCAGUCGACGAGGCGCUCCUCCUCCUCCGCCGCCGUCGCGCAAGGCGCGCGCAGAUGCGGGCGACGAAUCGCCUGCACCGAAUCGGGAGCCAUCUCCUCCCCGACCCAGAUUCCGCGCGCCGCCCCCAAUUGCGGAUGCCGGCAAAUUCGCCCAUACCGUUGGCCCUGCACCCCCCAGUCGCCAACGUGCCAUGUCGGGUACCAACCCGGGGCCACCGCCGCCUCCCCGGCCCCCAAAGACUCCUAUGGAAGACCAAUCGCAAGGCCGCUUCGGAGUUCCGCCGCCUUUCGCAGGGGAACGGAAGGUCUCUGCUCCUCCUGCACCCCCGAGUCGCAACUCCGGGCCCGGAGGACCCCCGCCGCCGCCUCCCCGGACGAUGAGCCCGGCGUCACCACCACAGCUCCCCCCCAAGGUUCCCCAUGCUCAAUCAUCGGCGCCAGCUCCUCCGCCGCCGCCUCCGAGAAGUCCGGCUCAGCCGCCACCUGUGCCGGCUCUUUCCCGGCCUACUCCACCCCCUCCGUCUGCCAGCGCGGCUCCCCAGUUCCCCCGCCGCCUCCCCCGGCACCAGCCGUUUCAACGCGACCACCACCACCCCCUCCCGCGGUCAGCUCCCCGCCGCUUCCGCCGCCGCCUGCCGGAGGAGCUCCUCCUCCCCCUCCGCCCCCUCCUCCGGGAGCCGGACCCGCUCCCCCUCGAUCGGCAGCUCCCCCUCCGCCCCCUCCCCCGGGCGCUGCAGCUCCGCCUCCACCUCCACCCCCACCAGCCUUCUGGCGGUAGAGAUGAUCUCCUGUCUGCGAUCAGGGCGUCCGGAGGCAAAGGAGGCGGAGGCUUGCGCAAGGUCAAGGACUCGGAGAAGAAUGACCGGAGUGCAGCCUCAGUUCCAGGAGGUGCGAACGAACCUUCUGGAGGGGCUGCCCGUGGCGCACGUCCUCCCCAGGGAGGCCUGGCAGGCGCUCUACAAGAGGCUCUGGACAAGAGAAAGGGGAAGGUUCGAGGAAGCGAUGACGAGAAGGAAGACGACGAUGAUUGGUAAAUGUCGGACGGUAUAUUCUUUUUAUUAUCCUUGCUUUCUUUUUCAAAUAUCCUUUACCGUCAUUGUGGGUUAGACUUGUUGCGCUUUACUUGAUACCUGCAUUGGUCAGCGUUUCUCGUUCUUUCUUUCAUCGUGAUUCCAUGUCCUAUACGCAUCUUCAUUACCAUCAUACUCCGCGAGGUGCUUGAACACUGUCCUGAACCCUUUGUGGGGAAAAGUUGAGUCGAUAUGGGAAGUGGCGUGUGUAGAUUCCGGGUGGAUCUAUGGCAAGCCAGUAGCUAGGAAUACAAUCAUUAAGACCGAU